GUUUUUCCUAGAAGUUCCUCACACAAACACCAAGCCGAAGUUCCUUCUUUCGCUCUAUAUUUCUCAUGCCUGCUCAGCGGAACAAAACCAUGGCCUUAGCUCUCAUGCUUGCCGCUCUACUUGUAUUGUGUUUUGGCCCCUGCUCAGCUGAGCUUCAGCGAUUUGAACAUGCACCCAAAGCCGAUGGAUCCCUUAGCUUUUUGGUCGUCGGAGACUGGGGAAGAAGAGGACUCUACAACCAAACUAAAGUUGCUCACCAGAUGGGAAUAAUUGGAGAAAAGCUGGACAUUGAUUUUAUAAUCUCAACUGGAGAUAAUUUCUAUGAUAAAGGACUAACUGGUGUGGAUGAUGAUGCAUUUUUUGAGUCGUUUGUUAAAAUAUACACGGCUCCAAGCCUCCAGAAACGGUGGUACACUGUUUUGGGAAAUCAUGAUUAUCGGGGUAAUGUUGAGGCUCAAUUGAGUCCAAUCCUUAAAGAAAUAGACAGCAGAUGGAUUUGCUACAGAUCUUUUAUUGUUAAUUCCGAAAUUGUAGAAAUAUUCUUUGUGGAUACCACUCCUUUUGUUGAUAAAUACUUCACAGAGCCAGAGGGCGAGACAUACGAUUGGAGUGGCAUUGAACCCAGAAAGCAAUACCUCUCAAAUCUCCUACAGGAUGUAGAUUCAGCCCUAAAAAAAUCAACAGCCAAGUGGAAGAUAGUAGUAGGCCAUCACACAAUCAAAAGUGCAGGCUAUCAUGGUGUCACUCAAGAGCUUGUUCUGCAACUUCUUCCCAUACUUGAGGCAAAUGAUGUCGAUCUUUACAUCAAUGGACAUGACCAUUGCUUGGAACACAUCAGUAGCACUGACAGCGGAAUUGAAUUUUUAACUAGUGGAGGAGGAUCAAAGGCAUGGAGAGGUGAUGUAAAAUGGUGGAAUCCAAAGGAAAUGAAGUUUUAUAAUGAUGGACAAGGCUUCAUGUCGGUCGAAAUUACCCAAACAGAGACUGAUAUAAUUUUCUAUGGCAUUGGCAAUGUCUUGCACAGAUGGUCCACUUCCAAACACCUUUACCCUUCUGUUUAGAUAUCUAAUUAGGUGAUUGUAUAAUUAUCUUUCUUUCCAAAUCUUUGUUUUGGACUUGUCGAUGUAAUGCAAUGGGUGUUUUCUACUAUUCAUAUUAGUUGUAUUUUAAUUGAUGAAAUUGAUCAAAUCAAUUGUGACCUUUGUAAUGGCA